CAGCACAAGACAACAGUAAUACUAUAUUAUUUACUUUGUUGAUACAUUUCAUCGUGUACGUUUGAAUUCGAUCAGCUUCAUACACAACUUUUGAACGACAGCAAAAAACAGCAAGAGAGAGAGAGAGAGAGAGAGUGCGACGGAGUCACAGAGACAAAACGAACGAUAGUAGCUAGCAGAAAAAAAAUGACGUCAAUUUAUUUGAUAUUUUUCAUUUAAUUUGGUUGAUCGCAUUCGGUGUCAUUUUUGUGUUCGGGUCGGAUAUCGCGGUGUAAACAGGCUAAAACAAAACCAACACACACGGUUUUGACAAAACGCAUUUUGAAGGACGAUGAGACAUUUGUUCGGUCUUUCUCUCCGUGUUGUUGCUCUUUUUGUUUAAUUGUUGUUUUUCUCUCGUCAAUGUGUUACAAAUCUUUUUUCGCAAAAAACGGUUAAAUAUCGCACACAAAGUGAUGUUAUUGUUCGCUGAAUGAUGUCAAAAGUGGAUCAAAGCAAAAUGUUCAAGCAGCAGUGAAAUCGCAAAAAGAAAAGACUAGCUAUGAUGACGAUUCAAGUGCACUCUACUAUCAAUCUAUGGCAAAACAUUUUAAGGAAUUAAAUAAGCAAAACUAAAUCUACAUCUAUUCAUACGAUAGCGCUUUUAUAUUUCAUUCCAUUUAUUCCUUCCACGAAGCGAGAGAAUUUUGAAUUUUGCAACUUUUUUUUGAGUGUGUGUGUGUAAUUUUUCGGACCGAACAGAUUUUGUUCGCUGUUUCGAAAAAAAAAAGAUAUUAUGUGAAUGCGUAUGCGGGGUUACGCGAUUGCAACACAAACAAUUUAUACAUUUGAUUGGUGUUUUCAUGCGAAUGUUCCGUGUGUUUGCAUAUGUAUUACGUUUCUAGAUUCGCUUUUGCACACCAUCGUCUACAAAAAGUAUUGUAAUUUGGAAAUCCAUAAUAAAUAGUUCACACAAAAAUUGAAUCAUACACAGCGGAUAGAAAGUGAAAAUAGAGUGUAACUAAUGAAAAUCACGGUUUUUCUCGGUGUAAAUUGGUUGUGAUCGGUUUUCAUUAUUUUGUGUAUGCUGUCGUGUCUGUUUGUGUCUUUCGUGAGGAAAAAAAAAUAGAGACAAUUUUGUGUAGCCGUUUUACAGCAACCGAUAUUCCCGUUCGGUUAGUCGACAAGAAAAGAGUAAAAAAACAAAAUAUCAUCAUAGAAAAACAGAAACAAUGGAUCCAUCAAGAUCAUUACAGAAUCGAGGCGGUAGCUUUUUACCAGGUCCGGCAAUUAAUCCAAUAAUAAAUGACGGUGAAGAGCCGCUGCCCAGUUUAUCCGAUUGGCAUGAUUAUGAGCCAAAUUUGGAGUUCGAUGACACUGAACUGACCCAUCCAGCCACAACGAACGUUGAUUCAUAUGGUUUAGAUAAUGAUGAUUUCAACACAGAAGAAUUGGAAGAGGCGGUAGCUGACAUUCAAGAUACACUUGAGGCUGACAAUUAUGAAGAUCAAUUACCGCAGCCCGAGGUGGAUGAGUUAACGGCUUCAUUAAAUUAUUCGAAAUUGAAGUUUAUCGAUUAUUUUGGCACCGACAAACAGGGUCAACACAUAUUCGCCAUUUAUGCAUGCCGCCUGCCCGAGCGUCAAGAGCUGAACGGUCACAUUUUUAUCGAGUUUAUUAUAACUCAAAUGAAACCAUAUGUGCAUGACGACUACGUCAUUGUUUAUUUUCAUCAGGGAUUAAAAGAAGCCAAUAAACCGUCAAUUCAAUUUUUGUGGAAUUCAUACAAAGAACUUGAUCGAAAUUUUCGUAAGAAUCUCAAGCGAUUGUAUGUUGUGCAUCCAACGUGGACCAUUCGAGUGAUUUGGAAUUUUUUCAAACCGUUCAUUAGCGAAAAGUUCAAAAAUAAGCUGGUUUACAUUUCAAAUUUGGAUCAAUUAGCGCCUGCUCUCGGUUUACCAAAUCUCAAAUUACCCGACAGCAUACGAGAAUUUGAUUCAAGACAGAAUCCACCGAAAAAUACCCGAACGCAAGCUAAUUCUUCAGACGAAAGGCUGAAUUUACCAAAAACUACACAAUUCGGAGUUACAUUAAAAUUUAUCAAUGAAAAUAGUCCAUGUUUAAACUAUAUUCCGCCCAUUGUGCGAAAAUGUGUCGAUUCACUGUCAAUAACCGGUGUCAUCGAUACGGAAGGCCUAUUUCGGCGAUCGGGAAAUUUAAAUACAAUCAACGAUAUGAAGAAACGUGUCAAUUCGGGUGAAUUGGUUGAUUUUAAAGAUAUCGAUACGCACGCCAUUGCCGGUCUAUUGAAAACAUUUCUAAGGGAUCUUAAGGAACCACUACUUACAUUUGAACUCUACGAAGAGAUUGUUAAUUUUCUAGAAUGGCCCAAAGAAGAACGUUCACGAAAUGUGAAACAAAUGUUGCGCGAAAAAUUGCCAGUCGAAAAUUAUGAGCUUUUCAAAUAUUUGAUUGAGUUUUUGGUAAAAGUUGAAGAGUGCAAGGAUUUAAAUAAGAUGACAUCAUCCAAUUUGGCAAUUGUAUUUGGACCAAAUUUGGUGUGGGCAAAACACAACCAAAUGUCAAUGCAAGAAAUCGGACCAAUCAAUGCGUUCCUCGAUUUUGUGCUACAAAAUCAUCGAGACAUCUAUUUUGUAGACAUUAAUAAAAAGCCAGCACAAGUUGAUUAGCAAUGGUUUUACGAGAAAAAUGAUAAUCAAUGUCAAUAACAAAUUGAACAGAUGAAACAAAAAAACUCACACAUCACUUACAAACUCUCUCUCUCUUUCACACACACACACACACACGCAACAAAUCGGAUCGCCCUUAAUUUGAUGAGAUUUGCUUAUGAAAUUCAAUUUGAAUGCAUGAAAGAUUGAGCAUAUGAAGGUCAUUAUAGUCGCCGUCAUGGAAUCGACAAGCAAUGCUAAACCGGAAAAUAAUAAUCAGUUUAAUUAACCUUUUGUUAUUUUUUUAACUACAAUUCUAAAAAAUGACAGAAAAAUAUCGAUUUUAUUAAACAAAACAUCCAAUAUACAUAUUUUUAUCAGGGCAAAUAUAGAAUGUUUUUCUCGUUUUUCCAUAUUUUAUAACAUACUGAAAUGUAUACAAUAACAAUAUUAACAAAAAAAAAUUAUAACUUAAGUUUUACAUGGGAAAUUUAAUGAUUUUUUUUCGAAAUGAAAGAUUUCCGUCAUCAAGUACCUAAUUGAAAAAAUGAUCUUUUUUAAAGAGACCGAGAUAUGCGAAGGAAAACUGAAACUAAAGAUUAAAAAAUAUGAAAUAUAGUUUUUAGAAAGAAAAAGAUUAAUGGAAUUUUGAUGUAAAUGAACUUUAAGUUAAAUGAGUAUUUUAAUAUAUAUUUAGACACACCAAUGAUAAAAUGAAUGCAAAGCAGAAAAUCUAUAGAAAUUUAUUGAUAGAACAAAUUGUUAAUGCAAUUUGAAAAUCGAUAUAAUUUAUCCUAGUUACUGUUGAAAAGAGAAAAUUAUAAAUAAAUAACCACACCCUUCACACACCCAAAAAAUGAAACCCACAAUCAAUGUAUAAUAGAUUUAGAAAAAGAAUUAAAUUAUUUUUUUAUGUUUUAAA